CAAUGUACUUGUGGCUUCAUUUCAUCAUCAAGGCAUUGGACUGGCUGGACGUUCAAUCAAAGGCACCUCUUUCUUAAUCACACAUGUUAUCCAACUCUCAACAUCAAUCAAUCAUCAAUCUAUCUCGCAUUGGAAAUUUACAAUCCAAUAAAGUAUGUCGUUCGAUUAUCACUC